CUUCCUUAGAUACAGUGGUCUGCGCAGUUCACAAUUCACACGUUUCCUUCUCCUGAGGUUUAACUCCCAAAAUCCGAAAACCUUACCUCCCCAACAAGCAACCCAAACCUAAACCCAUCCUCAUGCGUACGGAGUAACAAGUUAUUAUUAAUAUAUGAAGCCAUCGCUGUUGCAGAUACAUUCUUCAAUUUCGCGCCACUUGCAUUCUAGUUCCCACUUUUCAUAUCUUCUCAAUUGUUACGCUUUGGGAACUUCUAAAGAUGGAGGGCCGGGAUAUGCCAGAGAUUGCUUUUUUCGACGUAGAGACGACGAUCCCGACCCGAUCCGGCCAGGGCCACGCGCUUUUGGAGUUCGGAGGGAUCCUGGUUUGCCCCAGGAAGCUCAUUGAGCUGGAAAGUUUCUCCACCUUGGUCCGACCCGCUGAUCUCUCUCUCAUCACUGCGCGCUCUGUUCUCUGCAACGGUAUUCGCAAAGAUGAUGUCGUUUCCGCCCCUGCUUUUGCGGAUAUUGCCGACAAAGUCUACGACUUUCUAAACGGGAGAAUAUGGGCAGGGCAUAACAUACUUAAGUUUGACUGUCCACGAAUUCGGGAGGCAUUUGCUGCUAUAAAUAGGCCAGCACCAGAACCUAAGGGAGCAAUUGACUCUCUUGUGUUGUUGACUCAGCGCUUUGGCAGGAGAGCAGGUAAUAUGAAGAUGGCCUCUCUAGCUAAUUAUUUUGGUCUUGGACAACAAGCACAUAGGAGCUUAGAAGAUGUCCGGAUGAAUUUUGAAGUACUCAAGUGCUGUGCAACAGUCCUUUUAUUGGAGUCCAGCCUCCUUGACAAUACUACAGAAAAUACAUGGGUUUCGCCAAAUGCUACACCAAGAAGUCAUAGCAAUGCCAAAGCUUCUCGAGAAGGAACAACAUUGAAUGCAAAUACACCCUCAUCAAGUCUUAUGAUAGAAAAUGCGAUAACACCAACUGAAAAUUGUAGCAUGGAAAUCCAUACAACGUCAUCAAUUAUGACUUUAGGCAGAACAGAAGAGGUGUCAGAUCAUGCCGAAUUCUUUGCUGCCAGGUCAGACCCUUUUAAUAUGAGCCCACUCAGUCUUAAUUUGGAGAACACAUUCCUUGAGUCAGAUAACAUGAAUGAAGAAGAAAAUGGUUCACCUUCCCAAGCUUCUUCUACAGAAGUUGGAAGUGAGGCUUCCGGUGGUUACUCUAGCUUCCUAGAACCAGAAAAGAUUUAUGUACCUUCUAUAUCUGUAGCUCUUGCUCCAUCCUAUCGUGGAAUACAAAAGAUAAAGAUAUUGCAUAAUCAUGCUGAAUUGCAAAUUCAUUUUAAAUGUCUUAAAGUGCGUUUUGGAAUUAGUACUAAAUUCCUUCCACGGUUGAGUUUUGUCGUGGAUGCAUCUGGAAGCCUAUGUCAGAUCCUGGAUGCAGUUGAUAACCAUGCUCAUAGUCUAACUGUGGAUUCUGGUAGCAGCUCUGAGUGGAGGCCUCUGGUCACCAGAAAGCCUGGUUUCAUGAAAUUCCCUACUGUCCGUUUUCACUUACCAACUGUAGUAAAUGGUGAUGCUGUGCACUGGGUGACAGAUAUAUAUCAGAAAGAAACUUCCAGUGUUCAAAGGAUUGUAUUGAAUGGAUAUAAUGUUGAAGAAUUGGUUGCCUUGAUUACCCCGGGAACUUGUUUGGAUGCUUACAUCUCCUUUGAUGCAUAUGACUAUCAACAAAACGCCGGUGUUCGCCUAGUCGCGAGGAGGUUGAUCUUGCAUACUAACUGAGAUAAUAACAGCUGCCUGAUUCACUUGGUUAAUGUGAUUUCUGAAUUGAAAUAGGGACAUAGGGUUUAUUAUGAGUUGGUGUAAUUGCUAGCGUGAUUUGUUUAAUUUAAUUUUUACCAAUGUAUUAGGGGACAUACAUUGUAUAGGGCAUCUUACCUGGAGGCUGGAACUACCAUAUUUGCUUAGUUUUAUUACCAAUCUACGAGAUGGCAUACACUGUUUGCCACUGAGGAGUAUGGAGGCCACUAAAGAUAUUU